AUGAAAAUACCCAAAAGAAAGCUAUUUCUUCUCAUUAUUUUUGCGUAUGUGGCAUUUUCACUGUACGCUGCAUAUAAUGUUUUCUUCAGCAACAAAGUCAUCUCCCGCGUUCACAGGGUGGUUAAAAAGGAAACCGGGGCACCAUCUGGCGGUGUCAGAGGUGGGGGCGCUCCGUUUCUAGCAGAUGAGUGGAAUCCGUGGGAAGAUGAGGAGGUGGAGUACAACUCUGCUCUGAACAAAAAGAGGGAGGCCUUCAAAAAGUACAUGGAUACAAUUAAUAAGAAUAAACCCAAAAGAUACAAGGUCCAAAUCUGGGGGAAAGCUGCCAUAGGCCUUUAUCUUUGGGAGCAUAUUUUAGAGGGACCCCUGAACCCAACAGACAAAGCAGCACAAUGGAGAGAAGGGGAGCUGGAGUCGGGAAAGAUUGAUUUCAGUUUCUACACUGGCCCCGCUGUGGUCCAGGGUCAUGUCCCUCUUGAAAUGAACAGCCUGGUUCUUGUUCUCAAUGGCCGCGAGCAGCAGAAGGUCUCGUACUCAACACGGUGGCUGGAGCAUGUCCAGUCUCUGGUUCAGUCCCACACAGUGUCUCACGUGGCUGUGGUCCUGCUGGGGAAUGAGCAAUGCAGAAAUGACUGGAUCGCUGCACACUUAAAGAGAAACGGUGGCUUUAUAGAUCUUCUCUUCCUGGUUUACGACAGCCCUUGGGUUAACGACAAGGACGUCUUCCAGUGGCCUCUUGGUGUUGCCACAUAUAGACAAUUUCCUUUGAUCAGGCCUAACACAGAGUUGAUCACAUCCAUCCGGCCACACCUGUGCAAUUUCUUGGGGACUGUUUACAAAAAUUCCUCCCGGGAAACGCUGAUGCAGGUGCUGAAACAGUCGGGCUUCGAUAAGGAAUGCAUCACCGCCGGCAGGGACAAGUGGCUCCCUCAGGAAACGAGUGACAGUUUAAAACGCUAUCAAACCGCUCUGGCCCAAAGCGAGCUCACUCUCAGCCCCGUCGGGGUGAACACUGAGUGCUAUCGCAUCUAUGAGGCCUGCUCGUACGGCUCGGUGCCCGUGGUGGAGGACGUGCUGACACCUGGGAGCUGCGCGGCGGGGCCCAGCUCCCCACUCCGUCUCCUAAAAGCUGCGGGAGCACCCUUCAUCUUCAUCAGCGACUGGAGGGAACUGCCAGCUAUCCUGGAGAGGGAGAGAAGGAUGAGCCAGGAGCAGAGGGUGGACAGGAGGAGGCGGCUGCUGGAGUGGUACUCUGGCUUCCGACAGCAGAUGAAGGACCGGUUCACUGAGGUCAUCGAGGAGAAAUUCUUCAAAAACGGAUAA